CCUCACAUGAAGUACGGUGACAAUUGUGAAGAAGACUGUCCGUGUAACAGCUAUAAUACCGAAGCCUGCGAUUUGGAGACUGGAGAAUGUAUAUGUAAGCCAGGGUAUACCGGGUUCUCCUGCAAUUGCCAAGUUGGUCUUCAUACCUGCAACUUAAACGUUUCUGAUUGCUAUGAGGACUCGCAUGAAGUAUCAUGCAUUUGCAAAAGAGGUUUUACGCAAUCGGAGCACAAUUGCACAGACAAUGUGCGCCUAAGUCAGGAAAAAUUUGUGCAAGUCUUCAAAGGUGAUGGAUGGUCUGGUAUCUGUACUAGCAACCUGAAGUCUAACGCUUUAGUUAUCUGUCGCCAUCUUAACCUUAGCACGGAAGUUGUAUAUUCAACUUCAAAGUUCAGGAGAUAUGACUAUACCAGGACGUCGGUCAGUUGUAGAGGAACAGAGAACAUGCUGUCGGAAUGUCCUUCUAGAACGGGUUCCUCUUGCUCCUACUCUCCAGUCGUCCACUGUGGCGAAUGCCCAGAAUGGAGAUUUUCAUCAGAUUGUUCCGAGACAUGUGAUUGUGACAGGGACACGAGUACAGGAUGUGAUUUCAGAAACGGAACCUGUUCUUGUCGUGACGGUUUUAAAGGGGAGGACUGUAGUUGUCAUGUGUCUACAGCUCCUUGCUCGGGAUCGUCCUCUAAAUGUAAACUUGACAGAUGUAUCUGCAAAGAAGGAUCCUUUAAUCAGUCAGCGUCUUGUUCAGGUAAUUAGAUUUAUAUGUGGAGAUUGAAAAGUAAA